AUGAAAUCUGAAGACAUAAUUCUGAGUUUUGCAUUCUUCUCCCAGACAGGAAUUGGGGUUCUAGGGAAUUCCUUCCUUAUUUGUCUCUUCAUCUUUGUGUUUCUCAGUGGACAUAGGAUGAGGCCUAUAGACACCAUUAUCAGUCAGCUGGCCUUCAUCAACUGCUUGGUGCUCUUCUUAAAGGGCAUCCCUCAGAUGAUGACAACUUUGGGUCUGAUGAAUUUCCUCGAUGAAAUCGGCUGUAAAAUUAUUUUGUACCUUCACAGAGUAGCUCGGGACCUUUCUCUCAGCAUGACUUGCCUCCUGAGUGGCUUUCAGGCCAUCACUAUCAGCCCCAACAACUCCAAUUUUGCAGACCUUAGAGCCAGAGCCCCCAAAUACCUCAUUCCCUCUAGUCUCUUCUGUUGGACUUUUCACCUGCUUUUUUGUAGCUAUAUUCCUUGGGGAAUUAAGGGAUCAAGAUACACCAGAAACAUCACUGAGAUGCAGCAUAAUGGAUAUUGUUCUCAUAAAAUUCCUUCUGGAUUUCAAGCUUCUUUAUUUGCAACCAUUCUCUCCUUUCCUGAUGCUAUUUUUUUGGUACUCAUGGUCUCUGUCAGUGGCUACAUGGUGUUUCUUCUGUAUAGGCAUCAUAAGAAAGCCCAGCAAAUUCUUACUACCUGUCUCUCUCCCAGAGCCUACCCUGAGAUGAGGGCCACCAAAUCCAUCCUACUGCUUGUGAGCACCUUUGUUUCCUUUUACUUAUUCAAUUGCAUCUUGACAACGUAUAUGUCUUUUGUAAAAUCCCCACCCUGGUUGAUUCAUACCUCUGCUUUCCUGGCAGCAUGUUUCCCAGCUGUUAGCCCCUAUGUGCUGAUCAGCAGUGACUCACAAGUUACCAGGUACUGCUCUGCUCUUUGGGGGAGGAAACCCCACAUUCUGACCAUAAUAACAGAUUAA